AUGAGCAGGGACAAGUUGUUCCACAAUAGGUACUUCAGCGACAACCGUUUCGUGGUAAGUAAUAUAGGCUGUGCUGUUUUUGUACUUGAAGCUUACAUAGUUUGGAUUGUCUAUGGUGAUCACCAUUUCUAUAGUGAUGUUCACUUCUGUGAUCAAGAAAUGAAGGUUUUCGAGGCCAACAGGGUGUGCUGUGAUUGCGGGUUGUUUAGGCCUGAAGAUGGUGAGCGACAAGGUUUGGCACAGAGUAAGGAUUCAUCUGAUAGUGAUAGUAACUAUAUUGAGCCUUCUUAUAAGCCUUUUGGUGACACUAGUGAUAAUGAUGCCGAUUAUCAAUACCAUAAUGAACCCGAAGAAAAUAGUAUUAAUGAUGUCCAAAUGGAAUCAUCUGGGUUUCUAUGCAAUUAUGUUGAUCAUAUCAAUUCAGAAGUUGAAGUUUUCUAUAAGCAGAUAAUGAAGGUUGACAAUCAGGUGGACAAGCUUUCUAGGAAAAUUAAGAAACUCAAGGAUGCUAGUGAGUUGUCAAAAUCAAUUACAAACUCAUUUUCCCAGAAAGUUGUAAGGAAGCGGAUGGAGAAAAUGAUUCGUGAUGUGGGAGAGAAUGCGCGCAAUGUCAAAGCGGAACUGGAAGGAAUAAAAAGAGACAACUUGAUGAAUCGAAAGAAGCCUGGAUGUAACCAAGGAACAGGUCUUGACAGGCUGAGGAUGAAUAUGACAAAUCGCUUGGCCAAAAAGUUCAAGGACAUAGUGAAAGAAUUUAUGAUCUUACGAGAGAAGAUCCAAGAUGAAUACCGUGAGGUUGUACGAAGACGUUUUAUUACAGUCAUUGGAAGCAUGCCGGAUGAAGAGACAGUUGACUACUUGGUAGAAACGGGAACUGGUGAGCAAAUUUACCAGAAGGCAAUUCAAGGACAUCCUCAGGUAUUAGAUGCCCUAAAAGAUAUUGAAGAGAGACAUGAUGCUAUAAAGGAAAUUCAGAAAAAUCUUCUUGAUUUGCAUCAGAUCUAUCUUGAUAUGGCAGUUCUUGUUGAGGCCCAAGGAGAGAUGCUCGAUAACAUCGAAUGUCAGUGUGACCAUGCUUUGGAAGAGUGGCAAGAGUGCUUCAAUCAGAUUGCUUUUGCCCAUGAGGAUGGCCAGGUAACGAUACUGGGGAGGGGGCUAUUUAGGCUAUGGAUGGUUACUUUUGAAGGACAGACAAGCAAUGGUUGA